ACAAUGCUUCAUUAACUACAACUAGAGUAUUGUUCUGUUCAUCUUCUUUACCUUCACCGUCACACAGUAACAGUGCUUCCCUCAAGCCACGUAAACGAAGCAGCAAGAUCAUUGAGAGCUUAUAACUGGUACAGUGCUUCUCUCCGAGGAGUGUGCCUCAGCCAAGGUUGGGUCAUAAUUCCACGAGUAGCCUCACCAAUAUCCACCGCGGUUGAGCAAUGACUGAGUUGAACUGUUGAGUGUCAUCGUCUUGUUUUUCCCUCACAAUCUAACUGCUGCUUGCUUGUUGCUGCCAACUCUAUUCGCAAUUUGAAGCUGCCAAAUGAAACUGAGGGUUGUCUGCAGGAAACUUUACGACUAUGUACGCUAUGAUCUCAAAGAAAUUGCUUUUCCUUCAUCUUUGCCUGACCCUCCUGACAUGAAAAAGCGCCUGAAAUUGAGCUGGGAGGAGCGUAUAUGGGUUUUGAAGAGGGCUGCUAGGCUUUAUGCUGCUAGCUGGGUUCGUGACAUUGGUCCUGAUCUUCGGCCAGAUGAUUAUAAGAACGAUGAUAUGACUGAUGAACCAAAUGGUGAUAAGGAAACAACUAAAGGAAAAGAACCCUCAACACUGGAGGAUCUUGCUGUAGCUGCCAGAGGGGGAAUGGAGACUCUAAGACCUGCUUUGCAGCGUGUGUAUAUGACCAGAGCUGCUUCAUACAGAGAUGCUCUUAAAAGUUUUAUACAAGGGUACCAAGAGGGUGUUCAGCAAGUAAUGGAGAAGAUAGAAGAUUCCAAAACUAAAGAAGAUGGCGAUAUACCAAAAAAACCAACUUGAACUGGUUUGUAGUAGGCAGUGUCUCAUUUCUACUCCUGCAGAUCCACUGAUUAUUUAGACUCAAGCAUGCAGCUUUCAGAAAUUAGUGGUAGUACCGAUUUUGUUUGGGCAAAUUUUUUCUUAUACCGAAUUUUAAUUUUUAAAUUGUGUGCUUUACUGUGAUAUUAAUGGUAUGUUUGUUCAACAAAUGGUAGCAUUAGCACUUUGUGAUGCCAUGCUUCUUUAAUAGCUAUUGCAAAUGGUAUGUUUUUUUAAUAGCA